UUGCUGGCUCAGGGCUUUGCACAAUAGUAGCCCUACAUACUUUUUCACAUGGAGCAAGUAUAAAAGUAACGGUUACCAGCAACAGGAAUACACAGCAGCCACAGCUCAAUCCUGAGGAGCAACCAGAACCACCAUGACCAUGGGCAGGAUCAUCUUCUACGAGGACAGGAACUUCCAGGGUCGCCACUAUGAGACCAGCAGCGACUGCCCUGAGCUCACCUCCUACCUGAGCAGGUGUCACUCCUGCAGGGUGGAGAGCGGCUGCUUCAUGGUCUACGACCGCCCCAACUUCAUGGGAAACCAGUAUCUGAUGAGGAGGGGCGAGUACGCCGACUACAUGAGCAUGAUGGGCAUGAGGGAGUGCAUCAGGUCCUGCCGUAUGAUCCCCAUGCACAGAGGCCAGUUCAGGAUGAGGAUCUACGAGAGGGAGAACUUCGCCGGUCAGAUGACUGAGCUGAUGGACGACUGCGACAACAUCAUGGACCGUUACCGCAUGUCCGACUGCAUGUCCUGCAACGUGAUGGACGGCCACUGGCUGAUGUACGAGCAGCCUCACUUCAGAGGCAGGAUGAUGUACCUGAGGCCCGGAGAGUACAGGAGCUUCAGGGAGAUGGGAAUGAGUGGCAUGAGGUUCAUGAGCAUGAGGCGCAUCAUGGACUCCUGCAUCUAAACUCCACUGAAUAAAGCUUCUAUUCCUA